AUGGGCUGCGACGGCCGGGUGUCGGGGCUGCUCCGCCGCAACCUGCAGCCCACGCUCACCUACUGGAGCGUCUUCUUCAGCUUCGGCCUGUGCAUCGCCUUCCUGGGGCCCACGCUGUUGGACCUGCGCUGCCAAACGCACAGCUCGCUGCCCCAGAUCUCCUGGGUCUUCUUCUCGCAGCAGCUCUGCCUCCUGCUGGGCAGCGCCCUCGGGGGCGUCUUCAAGAGGACCCUGGCCCAGUCGUUAUGGGCCCUCUUCACCUCUACCCUGGCCAUCUCCCUGGUAUUUGCUGUCAUCCCCUUCUGCCAUGAUGUGAAGGUGUUGGCCUCGGUCAUAGCGCUGGCGGGCCUAGCCAUGGGCUGCAUCGACACCGUGGCCAACAUGCAGCUGGUGAGGAUAUACCAGAAGGACUCAGCCUUCUUCCUUCAGGUCCUCCAUUUCUUCGUGGGCUUUGGUGCUCUGCUGAGCCCCCUGAUUGCUGAUCCCUUCCUGUCAGAGGCCAACUGCUUUCCUGCUAACAGCACAGCCAAUGCCUCCUCCAGAAGCCACCUGUUCCAUGCAUCCAGGGUCCUGGGCCAGCAUCAGGCAGCAACCCAGCCUUGGUCAAACCAGACGAUCCCCGGGCCAUCCCCAAAGGAUUCGACAGAGAACCACGUAUCCUAUGCCUUCUGGAUCAUGGCUCUCAUCAAUCUCCCAGUGCCCCUGGCGGUUCUGUUCCUGCUGUCCAAGGAGCGGCUGCUGACCUGCCCCCAGCGGACGCCACUGCUCCUGUCUGCGGACGAGCUUGCACUGGAGACCCGGCCUGCUGAGAAGGAAGACACCUCCUCACUGGCCCCCAAGUUUCAGUCACACCCAGGGCAGGAGGACCUGUUCAGCUGCUGCCAGAGGAAGAACUUCCGGGGAGCCCCAUGCUCUUUCUUUGCCAUCCACAUCACAGCCGCUCUGGUCCUGUUCAUGACAGACGGGAUGAUGGGUGCUUAUUCUGCCUUUGUGUACAGCUAUGCCGUGGAGAAGCCCCUGUCUGUUGGACACAAGAUGGCUGGUUACCUCCCCAGCCUCUUCUGGGGCUUCAUCACCCUGGGCCGGCUCAUCUCCAUCCCUGUCUCCUCAAGAAUGCGGCCAGCCACCAUGGUGUUCAUCAAUGUGGUGGGCGUGGUAGUGACAUUCCUGCUCCUGCUUAUUUUCUCCUACAAUGUCAUCUUCCUGUUCGUGGGGACCGCAAGCCUCGGGCUGUUUCUGAGUAGCACCUUCCCCAGCAUGCUGGCCUACACGGAGGACAUCCUCCAGUACAAAGGCUGUGCGACUACAGUGCUGGUGACUGGGGCAGGAAUUGGCGAGAUGGUCCUGCAGAUGCUGGUUGGUUUGAUCUUCCAGGCCCAGGGCAGUUACAGUUUCCUGGUCUGCGGUGUGAUCUUUGGCUGCCUGGCUUUUAUCUUCUACACCGUGCUCCUGUUUUUCCACAGGAUACACCCUGAACUCUCAUCAGUUCUUACCCAAGACAAACCCCUUGGCGUGGAGAACUCUGAGAGCUACCAGAGGUGA